AUGGAGAAAACUAGUGCCAAUUUAAAUCGUAUCCUAGAUAAGUUUUCCGAAGUGAAGACGUCUGGCGAAGCCGUUGAGUUCCUUGGGCGUGUUAUAACCGCAGUCGGAGGUUCAAAACGAAAGGCUGACGAAAUAUUUAAUGAGGAAAUUGGACUCGUUGCCUCCUGCAAACGUCGUAUUGAACAUCUUAAAGAAGUCUCUGAGAUAGAGGGACAAAGUCUUUCUGGACCCCUCGCAGCAGAUAAUCCGCUGCGCUCCUCUGGUUUGGUUGGAAGUGUCAUUCUGGAUAGUUCCCAUGGUGAGGGGUCGACAAUAACGUCACCGUCAGUUCCACCUCCUCCAGUUCCUCCUCAUGCUCAAUUCCCACCACUUACACCAUCUGGUCAGCGCAUCUUUAUGGCUCGUUGCGACCGCCUCUUGGCUGAACACCUCUUUGCUAUGGGUCACUACAGAUCUGCCUUGGCUUUGGCACGUCAGUGCCCUGAUGCUGAUGAGAUUUUGAUCGAGAUUUUUCAAGAAGCUCUCAAUAUUCAGGAAGCACUAACCAAAGGCGACACUGAACCCGCACAUAAGUGGUUUCAAGAGGCAAAGUUUCGGUUGAAACAUGCUGAUUGUUCCUUCGAAUUCGACCUGAGAGUCUUUGAAUUCUACCUCCUCGUGAAGGAUGGUCGCCACAUGGAAGCUGUUCAACAUUCAAGAAAGCAUUUGAGCAACUUCCAGGAGGGCGACGAUUACAAAGCUCGACGUCUCGGACAGGCGAUGCUGCUCCUGAUGAUGCGCACCCCUGAAGAGGUCGACUCUAAAGCUGCCCAAAAUGAGUUGAAUGAAUCAUGGAUCAUCAAGCGCUUCCACCUGGCCCUGAUGAGCUUCUACUCCUUCACCCUGCCCACGCCCUUCUCGUUGGCCGUUCGCGCGGGCAUAACCGCCAUCAAGACUCACUUUUGCUACAGCGCCAAAUCGCGUCAUCCGGAUUGCGUGGUGUGCCACCCUCUGAUUAACCGUCUGGCCCAGAAUCUGCUCUUUGGCCGUCACGACCACUCUGUUCUCACGUGUUACCAAACUGGUCUUCUGAUGAACGAUGACAAUCCGCCGAUGGCCCUUCCAAAUGGAUAUGUCUAUAGUCAACGAGCAAUCAUGGAUUUGACCGGUCCUGAUGGGAAGGUGACGUGCCCCCGUUCAGGAGAGACUUUCGGAGCGGGUGAAGCAAAACGCGUCUUCAUCCUCUGA